CAUUAGUGAAGCAUGACAGAUUUGAUCAUUCACUGACCGAUCUGAGAGCAGUCAGCAGACAUAGGCUGAAGAGGUGAGAGAGGACGUCCAUUACUGUAAAGUCGUCAUUGUCCCGUCCAUUUGUCCGAAACAAGCCCAAAUGGAAAGACAGUUUCCAAUUUCAGCUAUCAAGAUGUUGAACGUCUGGUUUGCACUCCUGUUCCUCGGAUCCGUCGUCUCACUCUCCCAACAGCAAGACAUGCCCUCCAACGGACUCUCAACUGAUGGCCUCCUGCGUCUUGGCAGCAGAACGAACUACCGGGCGGUGUCCGCCUUCAACUUCCCUGGGGGCUUCCCGACGACGCGGCCAUCCACCCCGUGGUCGAAGAUCUGCCGACCAAUCCAGUUCUAUUUGUUCAGUCGUCACGGACACAGAGGCUUGGGUGAUUCAGCCCUGGAAAACGCCCGCGAUUUUGCCGCUGAUUUCCGUAAAAGGUUCCCUGGUGCGUCGGGGGCGAAGUGGUUCGUCAACUACACACUGCCAUGGGAUAUCACAGAUGAUAUACUAUUGACGAAGGUUGGGAAGGAAGAUAUGGAACUGUUCGGGAAAAGGGUGGUGAGACUUUGGUCCGACUUAUCGCUCAGCGCAAAUAACACUUUGUUCUACACAAGUUCCAAGAGUAGGACUUACGAAAGCGCCAAAGCUUUCAUUGACGGGUUUACCUCCGUGCUUGGAAAGGACAGAAAAGACUUUCAGUUGAAUAUCGACAACCUGAAAACACGCUUCUACAAAUAUUGUGAAAAGUAUAAAGUUUCUGUUGAUGACAAUGACACUGCGAUGAUUGAGGCUGAGAGGUUCAUGGAAGGACCAGAGAUGGAGAUGGUGGUGACGAACGUGAAAAGACGGCUGGGGAUCGAGGCGUACAAUAACACGCUGAUUGACAAAGACCGUAAGGCUUUGAAAGACCUGUAUUACAUGUGCCAAGCUGAAUUGGCAGAAAACAUCACUAAGCCGAUAUGGUGCUAUAUCUUCAAUGACACCGAUUCGAUCCCGAUGGAAUAUUAUCUGGACACCGAGGAUUACUACGCGGUGUCUUACGGCUACGAUAUCAACACGGAGAUGUCAUGUCCCCUGGUCAAGCACAUAUUCGACAAACUGGAUGCCGCCAAGUCUGGGGUAGAGAAUAUGAAAGACUAUCAACGCGGAGUUUUCGGAUUCGGACACACUGGCAGUCUCGUCCCUCUUCUCUCCGCAUUCGGGAUGUUCAAGCCAGAGAAACCCCUGACCGCCUCCAACUUCCCCCAGCAGAUCAACCGGAAAUUCCGCAUGAGCAGAGCUAAUCCCUUCAACGGGAACUUGGAAUUCGUUCUCUACGAAUGCAACAGGUCCGCAGAGGAGGGUCUGUCUCCUUCGGAGAAGGCCGGAUUACCUGUGAUUGAACGCUUCAUGGUCGAAGUUUACUCCAACGAGAAGCUUACGAAACUUCCCUUUUGCGACAAGGAGCUUUGUCCGUAUUCCAAAGUCAGGGAUGUUAUGAAAAGCUACUUGACCUGUUCUCUCAACAAGGUCUGUGAGGUGAAGACCGCUUCUGGUAGCGACGUCCCACGCAUUACUCUAUUGCCGUUGGCGAUGGCAAUUGCCAUGGUUUUACGAACAUUCGGAAAGGAAAUUUAGACGCAGUAACCUGCGAUAAUGCUUUUCUUUGAGUUCCCCUCAGGUAGUUGAUUAUGUGAGCUGGGCAUGUGGGUAACAUUGCAUAACGUUGCAUAACAUAACUGACUCCAGUCAAUGAACUGCAUAUGGGGGUAAUCACCAAUUUAGUUACUUUUACUACGUUCAGCUUGCUAAACAAAUAUUUGUGUCACGACUGGAUCUCUUUAUAAGCUGCGUAAAAAUUGAUUCACAUCUCCAUACACUUUUUUCCUUAAAAAGCGACGUCAUUACGUCACUAGAAUGACGUCACGGCAUAGACGAUCCGUGACGUCACAUGCAUAGCGACAUCUCGCAUGGUAACACGAUUUCCUUGCGUGAAGCUGUGUAAUUCAACUUUCUGUGCAAAUCCUUGCGAAAAUAUCGUACUGUAUGAUGAGUAAUAAAGACAACGUACACCAGGCGAAUCGCCUGAGUGCUCUGCA